UUUCACUACUCAACGGCGUGACAAGGGGAGUAGUUACUGGGUUGCGUGGCCGAUGGACCGACGGCGGCCUCGUGGCCGCGCCAGGCCAUGAGGAACUCUGACGAAGACAACACCACCCAGGGCUGGCCCUCUCAUACUGGAGCCUCGCCACAAAUCCAGCAGCACCACCAUCAUCAUCACCACCACCACCUCCACCACCAGGCGUCCUCUACAACUCCAGCCCCAAGACAAUUUCCCUGCCCGACCCCAGGCUGCAAUCGACUUUUCUCUUCCAAGUUCAAAUUGGUCCGUCACUCGCUCAUUCACGGCAGCGAGCGCCCUUUCAAGUGCCCUUCCUGCGACCGUCGCUUCCAUCGGAAAGAUCACCUCAAGACGCACCAGCAGAUCCAUAAUCCCAACAAGGCCCUGCACACGUGCGAGAUCUGCGGCAAGAAGUACAGCUCCUCGCUGUCGUUCCGAAAGCACACGGCGCUGCACGCCGCCGAGGCGGGGGAUCCGGUGUGCCGACUCUGCGGACAGGUCUUUUCGCGCAGGGAGGAAGUCAUGCUGCACCUCAAGGUUCAUUCGGGAUCGCGAGUCGUCAAGACGCCGACCGAACGCCGAUUUAAGUGCGACCGCUGCGACAGGUCCUUCUUCACGAGGAAGGACGUCAAACGGCACCUCGUCGUUCACACGGGACAGAGAAACUUUGUUUGCCAGUUCUGUCCGCAGAAGUUUGGCAGGAAGGACCACCUCGUUCGACACACGAAAAAGACGCACGGUACGGCUGCCGUCGUCUCGCCGUUGCCGACGGUCUGCAGUAUAGGUAAGCCUCCGACAAACGGUGUUUGCACAGACGCCGGGCCGUCGUCCACGGAGCACGGUGAGAUGACGGUUAACGGGGUUAACGGAGGGUCGGCGAUCAGUUCCUCGUCGAUGAUGGAGCCGCAGAAGGAAACUUGGCCGUCGCUUUUCUCAGCGUCGUCCAUGUUGGAGGAGGUGGACAGUAGGAUGAAGCAGACGUUGCCCAUGUCGACCGGGACGGAAACGUCCCCUUGCUUCACGAUAGUUCCGCACUUCCUACCGAAUAGUUAUUACGUAGGGCCCGCGGUGUCGUCCCCGCCACCGCCAAUAAGUCUAGUGUCGAGUCUCGAUCUAGGGUCCUCGUUACCGCACUUUAGUCAAGCUUUCCAAUAGUCUCGGAGUAGCAUCGACGCUAGCGUUUUUCAAUGCAACUUAUCUCGAGGGGUUUUAUACGUUUAGUUUUUUACGACAACGAAACCGGUCACUUUUUAAAGGCCUCGACCUAGCAAAGCUCGUGAUUGAAGAUGGAACAUAAUUUCACGUCCUCUGUCACCAGGAGUUCUGCGUUGGGCAUUUAGUGAGUUGAAUACUUCAGGCAUAACCUGUUGCAAAAGUAUCCUCCAAGAAGCUGAUAAAAUGAUACUGAAACUUCGGUUACUAGAAAACAUUUUGGCAGCAGAAUUCUGAACAGGACGACCUUUAUGAAGCUCAGAAUGUUCAAUACAUUCAUGAUCAACUGCUUACAAGCAUAGACAAAACUUAGGCAUUCAAAGACUAGUCUCUCCAGCAAUUGCUCAGCGGUGCCGCAGCUGCAUUUCCCCAUUGUGGGUACUUAAUGUUGAAUACUUUACCCAUAAUUUAAUGCAAUUAAUUGCCAAUCGAUGGGGUGCUGAUCGAUUUGCUGAAUCGAUUUGUGCUGUGGCGAGCUUUGUUUUCAGGGCAUUACGGGUUUGACCAGAAGCUACGAUGACGCAGAUCGGACGUAAAAAUCGGUUUAACGCUAAAACACGUAAAAAUCAGUUGAUGUAGUAAAAAUCAGUUGCAAACAGACCUGUGACCCAGGUCCGACGUGACGCAGCAAGAAAGCUGUUCCGAUCUCAACAGUGUGUGUUGAGAGCAUGUUGACACUUGUCGUUUUUUCACUAUCCGCAAAACAAAAAGUCAUUUUCUAGUACCUGCCUUUUUUUUUUUUUUGCUCGUACUUUUGCGAGCAAAGUUUCUUUCAUGUUUGUACUUUUUGUAUAACUAGUGCAGCAUUUACUGCGUGUAUUACCUCAGCCAUACCAGUUUACAUAUUAGUGUGUGUUUUUAUAUGCUAGUAUGUUCUUAACAUUUUUGUUAUGCAUAGAAACUGUGCAUAACCUGCAGUAUUUUUUUAUGAUGCUCAACGUUACAUAGUUCCUAGGUGGACAAGUGUGUUCUGAGAAAGCACGUAAAUGUCACUUUCUGUUCUUUGUAAGAACACAUGCGGCCACACGUCCAUUUGUCUGCAGACGUUUUAUUGGCAGACAGUUUAUCUAUGAGUAUCAUGCACUUCCGCGGCUCUUUGAAAUUUUGCACACAGUUCUGUCCUGUAAUCUGUUGGCUUAUUUUAUAUUUGCAGAAGACUAUUUUGAAAAUUUUCAAUUGCAAAAAGUCC